AUGGAGGUCGAGUCCGCAUCAGAACGAUUUCGCGUUCCUAAAACUUCUUCUCAAGAAAAUGUUCUGGUGAAUGACGCCGUUCCAGCUUCAACUAAGUAUAAAAACAAGUGGGCUGUGAGCAUUUUUGCCGAAUGGCAAAGGUUAAGAGAGGUUAAAGUUCCAGUAUUAGAUUGUGGUGGUCUCUUCAAGGACUAUGCUUUACACAAGGUUACCGCUCUGAUCGCAGAUAUUGCCGGAAUGGAAGCUCUGUCACUGAACUUUUGGUUGUCAAAAUUCGUGAUGGAGGUAGCUAAAAAGUCCGGUGGAAGAUACCCUCCCAAGACUGUGUAUGGUAUCAUUUGUGCCCUCAAGCGUUAUUUGGAGGAGAAAAAUGGAUCCGCAGCUUUGAAUCCUCUGGACACUGGUGACAAAAGGUUUGUCCUGUUCCGACGUUGCUUAAAUGACGAGAUGAAGGAUGGCGUUCAAGAAGGGCUUCAUAUAAAGUGCAAGAAGAGGGAGGAAGUGUCUAAGAAAGAAUAA